UUUCUACCGGUGAGUAAGGUUUCCAAAGUUUAAAGAGUAGAAGAUGGGGACACCCUUCUUUUUUAACGACUCUUUCUUUGCCGUCUAUUUAACAUAAACUUUUCUUGAAGUAACGUUUGAGAUCAUCUGUGCGUUCAUAACAUGAUUAUAUGUAUAAUAACAGUUUCAAUUAUUUAAAUUAAAUCAAUAAAUUGCUUAGUUCAAGUAUCGAAUCGUUUCGUUCACCGUAUAACUAAGGCGUACCGUACCGACAGUCGCGUUGUUUUGUUCCGAGUACUUUAAAUAUCAAUAUACAUUCAGUUGUUAGAUAAUUACUAGCCAAGUGACCGAGUGUUGUGAAACUUUGUAAAUAACAAGGUUUAAAAUGGCGUCUCUAAAUCAAAUGACCUGUAUUCUACUAAUUCUUCUCUCCUUGGUAUACAAAUCAAGCUGUAUUCAAUGCUUCUAUUGCAACAGUGCCAAUAACAGCGCGUGCUUGGACUUGAGCAGCUUCGAGGACGAGGAGAAGUUCCGCAUCAUUCCGAUUGUCAACUGUGAGACAGCUAUACCCAGUCCGGUCGCACUCAACUUCUUCUGCCGCAAGAUUGUGCAGACCAUUUACCACCCUCGCAAGGAUAGCGAGGUUCGCGUGACCCGCGGUUGCGGUUGGAUCGAAAACGAUCGACCGUGCUACCAGACCAGCAACCGAGACCAUCACGAGAUUGUGUGCGGUUGCAGCAACAACCUGUGCAACUCGUCAGACAAUCCAGACCCCGCCGCGUCGUGCAUUCUAUUCAUUAUAUUGGCUUUUUGUCUAUAUUUCUAUAGAGAAUAG